GCACCGUGGGGAAGUGAAAUUAACUAGAUUGCUCACUGCCUCGCUCGAUACAUCGGAGGUACUACGCGCUAGGGUACGCCAAGCAACAGUAGCAGCACCAGGUUGGCCAACAAGCGUUGCGCGCGAUGGAAACGCUCCAGAAGCAUCUCGCCCAGGUGAAGGUACCCUGCGCCAGCGAUAACGUCUACAAGGAGGAAUGCGUCUACUCGUUCGACACACCAGAGUCGGCCACGGGGCUGUACGUGAGUUUGGCCACGUUUCUCGGUUUCGGCGAGGAGCACGCGUCCCGCUACGCCCAACGAUCGGGCAACCGGGUGUUUCUGCACCUGAAGCGGGACAAAACUGAGCUCCCGGAUCCGGCAUCGGGCACUUCCGGUGGGAGUGGGGCCGAGGGGCCCGAGAAGAAAAUCACCCGACUAGCGAUCGGGGUCGAGGGUGGUGCGACGGUCGAUAACAAAAAGUACGAGUACAAGGAGCACUUCAAGGUGGUAGUGUUCGCGGACGAUGGUUCCGGUGCCGUGCGCCUAGAGUACCCCGAUCCGGAACUCCCGCUGCUGGUACAGAAUGCGGUCGAUGCGAUACAGCGUGCCGAAGCGGCCUCGGUGAAGCGCGAACGGGAACAGCUCGCCGGUACGUGGGACGGCGAAAUCCGUCAAGUGUCGCGCCACGCAGCCGAUCUGCUACAGCUGGCCAACGGGCGGAAGAUUCCACCGACCGGCUGGAAGUGUGAAAAGUGUGAUCUCACCAGCAACCUGUGGCUGAAUCUGACCGACGGUUCGAUCAUGUGCGGCCGCAAGUUCUUUGACGGUUCGGGUGGCAACGAUCACGCCGUCAACCACUACAAGGAAACGUCGUACCCGUUGGCGGUCAAACUGGGAACGAUUACGGCCGACGGCAAGGGUGACGUUUACAGUUACAGCGAAGACGAUAUGGUAGAGGAUCCGCACCUGGUCAAGCACCUCGCCCACUGGGGCAUCAACGUGGGCCAGCUGGAGAAGACGGAGAAAUCGAUGAUCGAGCUGGAGCUGGAUCUGAACCAACGUAUCGGCGAGUGGGGCAUUCUGUGCGAGAGCGCUAGCCAACUGAAACCGAUCGCCGGUCCGGGUUACACGGGCAUGAAGAACCUCGGCAACACCUGUUACCUCAACAGCGUCAUGCAGGUGAUGUACACGAUCCCGGACUUUGUGCGACGCUUCGUGGACGGAUCAGGCGCAAUCUUCGACAAUGCACCGGCCGACCCGGCGAAUGAUUUUAACGUGCAGAUGGCCAAGUUGGGUACGGGUUUGUGCAGUGGCAAGUACAGUGUGCUGUCGGAGAACAGCCUCGAUACGGUCGGCGAUCCGACGAGUGGUGGCAUUGCUCCGACCAUGUUUAAGGCGCUGAUCGGUCAGGGCCAUCCGGACUUUUCGACCAAACAGCAGCAGGACGCGCAAGAGUUCUUCUUGCACCUGGUCAGCACCCUCGAGAAGCACAGCCGUCAUCAGGCGAAUCCGGCCGACGCGCUCAAGUUCUGCAUCGAGGAUCGUGUCGAGUGUUGCUCGAGCGGUAAAGUGAUGUACAAUCGGCGCGAUGAGUGGUGCCUGCCGCUCCAGAUUCCGCUGCAGAAGGCCACCAAUAUCGAGGAGGUGAAGCGAUACGAGGCGGAGCGCGAAGCGGCCGACAAGGAGGGUCGCCGGCUCGAUCCGGACAGCUUGGUGCGACCGAAGAUUCCGCUGGCCGCUUGUCUCGACACGUUCGCGCAGCCCGAGUUGGUCGAUCAGUUCUACAGCUCGGCGAUCAACGCCAAAACGACCGCCAAAAAGACGACGAAACUCGCCUCGAUGCCGGACUAUUUGAUGUUGCACCUGAAAAAGUUCACCCUCAAGGAGGACUGGACCUCGAUCAAGCUGGACGUGGCGAUCGACAUCCCGGAGGUGCUGGAUCUCGAAACACUGCGCGGAACGGGCAAGCAGCCGAACGAGGAGGAGCUGCCCGAUAUCGUGGGCCGUCCGCCAACGCCACCACCGAUGGAUCCGGAGGUCAUGGAGCAGCUGCUCGGUAUGGGCUUCCCACAGGAAGCGUGCAAGCGGGCCAUUUUCUUCACGAAAAACACCGGCGUCGAACCGGCCACCCAGUGGAUGAUGGAACACAUUGCCGAUGCCGACUUCGCUGCGCCGUUCGUGCCGCCGGGAACGGGCGGAAAGACGGGUGCACAACCUGCGGUGGCCUCGUUCGAGCCCGAUCCGGUCGGACUGGAAAUGUUGAUGGGAAUGGGCUUUACCGAUCGGCAGGCAAGCAAAGCCCUGCGAGAAACUGGCAACAACACGGAACGGGCCGUCGAUUGGAUCUUUUCCCAUACGGACGAGCUGGACACGAUGGCUAUCGAUGAUGCGACAUUCGACAGUGUUGCUACGGCCGCCGCUGCCGGAGCGGCUUCCGGUUCUACGGCGGCGCAAGCCACGGUUGGCACCAGCAAACCCCCGGGACCUUCAUAUCGCGAUGGAACUGGCAAAUACAAACUGGUGGCAUUUAUCUCACACAUGGGAGCGUCGGCCCAGGUCGGACACUAUGUCUGCCACAUCUUGAAGGACGGCCAGUGGGUGAUCUUCAACGACAACAAGGUAGCGAUCUCGCAGAACCCCCCCAAAGAGCUCGGUUACCUGUACCUUUACCAGCGAGUUUAGGGUGCGAACCGACAACGACUCGAAUGUGCGGGGGUCCGUUCUACCCCCCAAAACACUGCUCUCGUGGA